GUCGAAACUGACCGAUAACUGUAAAACUUUCACUCAUCGUAUACUUUCCAAACGUAAACGAGCAAGAACCGCGUCAACAUGCAACUAAUAAAGAUUUUUUUUAUAACAAUCGCUUUGUUAAUAAUAAAUUUCGUGACGACUUUGGGUUUACCUCAAAAUACGAGUAGAACUCCAAUUUCCGACGACGCCUUAGAACAGGCUUUGAGCAAUAAGAAGUACUUAGAAAGGCAAUUAAAAUGCGCAGUGGGUGAAGUACCUUGUGACGCCGUUGGUAGAAAAUUAAAAAGUUUAGCUCCUUUGGUUCUUAGAGGUGCAUGUCCUCAGUGUACUCCUAGCGAAACAAGACAAAUACAAAAAGUGUUGGCGUAUGUACAAAAAAAUUUUCCGAAGGAAUGGAAUAAGAUUUUGCAACAAUACUCUGGUUGAAGAUUAAUCAUCACAAAAGUCUGAUUGUGAGCUUAUGUUAAAAAUUGUUUGUUUUAAUUAAUCCAGUUAAUAAUUUUGUAAGUUAUCUUAAGAACGCUAAAUGUAAUACUCAAUGUUAAUAUAGAUAAUUAAAAAAAAAUGUUAAAGACUA